AUGUCGUUGACCGUAAGUUUGAAUGGUGGUUGGGAACAGUUCUCUGACGACCCAGCAGUCCGUCAUCGCUAUGAAGAGCUCCAACAGGUCCUUCACAGCAUGGGCUAUCCUUCUACGGAUGACCACUCCAGUAGUCCUUGCGAGGGAUUCAGCGAGAAGGACGUCACCAUAGCUUGCUUGUCCCCCAAUCUCGAGGGCCUUAGUCUGUUUCUUGAAAGUUGCCAACACUGUCCCGGAGACCUGUUCUUAGUUCUCUCAUCGGACUGGCUAAUCAAGAAGCCUAUGCUGUCAAACGUGGUAAACGCGAUUCAACCCGGUACCUAUGUCCAGUCUGCUUUGUACGUCAAGAAAGGUAUUUGCUGCUACAAAGGGGGUAGUUCGUAUCUAAAAGUAUUUGAUCCUCCCAGAAAGGUCACGUAUUUCUUUAACUCGACCUCCGAUGCGUCUCUUAUUCAGCUGUUUAAUGAUGUGGACUGUCCGCAAAGUGUGCCCCCGGGAACAUCACGUUUUUUGUCCGACAUAAUUCUCAUGAGGAUUCUUUUGGCACAGUCUGGAAUAAAGGUGCCGAAAACUCUGGCCUUUCCUUACAAACCAACAGAAAAUUACGACAAAAAUAUCUCUGGGAUAACUGUAGUGCCUAUAACGUCUAAUGGUGAACAUGUGGCUGAUGUACUUCGACCCGCUAUUGCCAAUUUCCAGGAAUCUCCGGAUAUCUCAGAUGCUGAGUGGGUUACAGUUAAAAUCUUCAGAGUCAGAGAUAACGAUGACAAAGCAACCCGGGGCACCAGACUACGGAAAACUGGCGAUAUUCUGGGCGCUGUCUGUGAUCUGCUUCCGCACGCUAGCAAAGGCGAUAUCAUUCUGAUUCAGUGCGAUGGGAUGAAUACGAACAGGUUUACGAAAUCGAACCAAAAUGAGAACAAACUGAACGAGUUAUGUAGGCACGAAAAUCGAGACGUGGGAGUUCACAUUCAGACAACGGUAUGCCGUAAUCCAGAAGAUGAAGUUGUACUCACUUCGACUUUAUGCUUCAUCAGUGGAGAUGUGGCAUAUGGACGAACCGAAGAAGCUGCACCCCAGUCGUUAGAGGACACAUUUAAGGAUUUGGAAAUAAGCAGCGAAAAAAGCCAACAGUCCUUAAGAAAUAAGUUGAAGCGAAUUUCCGAAAAGAUAAUGAAAAUCAUCAUGGAACUGGAUGACAGAGGCACAAACGCCCAAACAGAUAUAAUAGGUAUCGUAUUGCUAGUUGUGGAUUUUAUGGUGACUUCUGAGAAAGGAGAUUUACUUCCGGUUCCGGUUAACGUUGGCUGUCAGAGGAGUCAGCUGUAUGACGUCAUCAAUCCAGAUCAAGCUGGCGAAGCAGUCAGACCUCUGCUGGCCACCAUGCUAACUCGUUCUCUAAAGUACGUUCUGGCUGAAAGGAGAAUACUUGUCCUUGGCGCAGGAUUCGUGGGCAAAACGUUUGUAUGGGACAUGGCAAGAGACUGUGGCAUUAAGGUUCAUCUCAUUGAUGAGGACCCCAACACCUAUGCUGCUGACUUGGUGGAAGAAUUUAUUCACUACGACAUGUCGGACCAUACGCGAGACAAGGAGCACUGUGAGGCCCAUAAUACAGAUGCUUCAGACACGCGGGCGCCCAGCUCUAGACGGCUGUGUGACUUUCUGGGAGGACUGUGUUCCUCUGACAGCCAUGAUCUGCGAAGCAAUGUCCUUCGUGGGGCCCCCCAUUGA